CUUAACCACUGGACCACCAGAGAAGUCCCUGUGUGUACAUUUUUCUUACCUAGGAAUUUGGGACAUCCUUUUUCAAUAAAUAUUUAGGGGUUCUGCAUUCUAAAGGAAAAAAUAAGCCUGAUUGCAGUUCUACACUCUAAAAUCAAUUCUGAUACUAUAUAACGCCUUUGGACUUCGUUCACUGACCUCCUCUGUCCCUAGCCCUUACUGAUUAGGUUGGGUGUGGAAAAACUGGGGCUUUGAUCAAGCAAAUGCUAAAAAGUCACAUAAGGAAGAUCCUUAACAGUUAUUUCUCAACAAUUAUAUAGUCAACUGAUGUAACAAUGGUACUAAUAUUGGGACGAAGACUAAACAGAGAGGAUCUUGGAGUGCGUGAUUCACCAGCAACAAAGCGUAAAGUUUUUGAAAUGGACCCUAAAUCUCUGACAGGCCGUGAGUUUUUUGACUUCUCUUCAGGAUCGUCCCAUGCUGAAAACAUACUCCAGAUAUUUAAUGAAUUCCGAGAUAGUCGUUUGUUCACAGAUGUUAUCAUUUGUGUGGAAGGAAAAGAAUUUCCUUGCCAUAGAGCUGUUCUCUCAGCCUGUAGUAGCUACUUCAGAGCUAUGUUUUGUAAUGACCACAGGGAAAGCCGAGAAAUGUUGGUUGAGAUCAAUGGUAUUUUAGCUGAAGCUAUGGAAUGUUUUUUGCAGUAUGUUUACACUGGAAAAGUGAAGAUCACUACAGAGAAUGUACAGUAUCUCUUUGAAACAUCAAGCCUUUUUCAGAUUAGUGUUCUCCGUGAUGCAUGUGCCAAGUUCUUGGAGGAGCAACUUGAUCCUUGCAAUUGCUUAGGAAUCCAGCGCUUUGCUGAUACCCAUUCCCUCAAAACACUCUUCACAAAAUGCAAGAAUUUUGCCUUACAGACUUUUGAGGAUGUGUCCCAGCAUGAAGAAUUUCUUGAGCUUGACAAAGAUGAACUUAUUGAUUAUAUUUGUAGUGAUGAACUUGUUAUUGGCAAAGAGGAGAUGGUUUUUGAAGCCGUCAUGCGUUGGGUCUAUCGUGCUGUUGAUCUGAGAAGACCACUGUUACAUGAGCUCCUGACACAUGUGAGACUCCCUUUGUUGCAUCCCAAUUACUUUGUUCAAACAGUUGAGGUGGACCAACUGAUCCAGAAUUCUCCUGAGUGUUAUCAGCUGUUGCAUGAAGCAAGACGGUACCAUAUACUUGGGAAUGAAAUGAUGUCCCCAAGGACAAGGCCACGCAGGUCAACUGGCUAUUCUGAGGUGAUAGUUGUCGUUGGAGGCUGUGAACGAGUUGGAGGAUUUAAUCUUCCAUACACUGAGUGCUAUGAUCCUGUGACAGGAGAGUGGAAGUCUUUGGCUAAGCUUCCAGAAUUUACCAAAUCAGAGUAUGCAGUCUGUGCUCUAAGGAAUGACAUUCUUGUUUCAGGUGGAAGAAUCAAUGGCCGUGAUGUCUGGAUUUAUAACUCACAGUUAAAUAUUUGGAUCAGAGUUGCUUCUCUAAAUAAAGGCAGAUGGCGUCAUAAAAUGGCUGUCCUCCUUGGUAAAGUGUAUGUUGUUGGAGGCUAUGAUGGGCAAAACAGACUUAGCAGCGUAGAAUGUUAUGAUUCCUUUUCAAAUCGAUGGACUGAAGUUGCCCCCCUUAAGGAAGCAGUGAGUUCUCCUGCCGUGACUAGCUGUAUAGGCAAAUUGUUUGUGAUUGGUGGAGGACCUGAUGAUAAUACUUGUUCUGAUAAGGUUCAAUCUUAUGAUCCAGAAACCAAUUCUUGGCUACUUCGUGCAGCUAUCCCAAUUGCCAAGAGGUGUAUAACAGCCGUAUCCUUAAACAACCUGAUAUAUGUUGCUGGUGGACUGACCAAGGCAAUAUACUGUUAUGAUCCAGUUGAAGAUUACUGGAUGCAUGUACAGAAUACAUUCAGCCGACAGGAAAACUGUGGUAUGUCUGUAUGUAAUGGUAAAAUAUAUAUCCUGGGUGGAAGACGGGAAAAUGGAGAAGCCACAGACACUAUUCUCUGUUAUGAUCCUGCAACAAGUAUCAUCACAGGGGUAGCUGCAAUGCCCAGGCCAGUGUCCUAUCAUGGAUGUGUGACUAUUCAUAGAUACAAUGAGAAAUGCUUUAAGCUCUAAAACCAGGAUACCUCACCCAAGAAGCCACAGCAAUCCAAGAUGAGAGGUUUUAAAAACUCCAGAGUGGGAACUUGACAUAUCUCCUUUUUGCAAUAUGCACAGAAAAGUAAAAAUAAGAAUUGUCGUGACUUUCUCCCCAAAAUAUCAAUCUUUCUAACUGUAAUAAAGCCUUUUCUGUAAUUGGGGGGGAAAAAUUGUUGUUGUUGAAGGUAAUAAUGGUCUUUGCUUGGGCUUUGAGAGUGUACCUUUGUGAGUAUUUGUAAGAAACCUAUGUGGAGUAGGAAAUAAUGUCUGCCUGCAUACCUUUUAGGAAUUUGUGAAUGGUCUCUUCAUUUAUGUAUGUUUAUCUGCAAGACUGUGUAUUCCUUAUUUUGUCACAUAUAUGUGUGUGUGUGUAUAUAUAUAUAUACACACACACACAUAUAUAUAAAAUUGCAUGGCAAGUUUUCAUUCAGUUUGACUCAUAUAAUGCUUAGAAUACUUAGAAUCAUUCUAAGGUGGAAAAACCAGUUUUAAAAAUCUUUGUCACUAAAAAAUACAUCCAAAUUGAUUAAUUUUAUUGUGGGGUUUUUUUCUGUAAUUGAUAAAAAUGUAAUGACGACGAUCUGAGUAUCAUAAAAUACUGAAUUAUUGUGACUUCAUUCUUAGAAUUAUUUUCUUAUAUUAAAGGUAUUUUGGGGGGAGGAGAUAAAAAAGCAAGUGCCCCUAAAAAGGAGAUGAAAAUUACAUGUUAGUUCCUAAGAAAAAAUCAUCUAAGACCAUUGAAGGGAAAAUGACCCACUGUGGCUCUCAAAAGUAUUUAUAUAUCAUCUCUAAAUCCUCUAAGGGAUGUGCCUUUUCUUGAACAUGGCAGAAGAGUUGAAAUCCACUUUGCAAUAUUACCUUGUGAAAAACAGGGACAUAUUUUCUCCUUAGCCCAGUAGGGUUUGACCUCAUUACUAUGGUGCUUUGGGUGAGGACCUCUUCCUGGUUAUCCUACUUUCUUGUGAACAGCUAAAAAUCCUGGGAGUCUCUAAUGUUAAGCUGCCCUUAAAGGAUAAAGCAGGGACCACCUGUCUCAGUGGGUCCAUAUUUCUUUUAAAAUGAGCUAUUUGAAGAAACUAACAGCAGUAGUUGCAGUCUUCUAAGAUAAAUCUUUCAUUUGGUACCCAUUGUGUAAAAUAUUGAUCAAUAUUCUCAAGCUUCUCUACAUCAAAUUGCCUUUGUCUAGAUGUUUCAACUCCAGUUUAUAAAGCUUACUGGUUUUCAGAGAAGAGUGUAAAACUUUUUCUAAGGCAAAUGGAAUGGCAGGAACUAUAGCAUAAGUGAUUAUUGAUAUUCCUGGGUGGACAGAUAUAAUUUAAAACAUUUUAGGGAUGUUCAGGUAGCCUGCUGUAUUUCAACUUCCCCAGGCACUAUUGUUGUCUCACAUCAUAAUUAUAUACUUGCCAUAGGAGAAAUGAUGCAAAUAUGUGAUUAUAGUGCCACCAGAUUUCUGUUAAAACCAAGGUAGUAAUCAAAAACCUGACAUUGAUAAACUACUCUUUCUUUCUCAUUUUAGAAUGAUGCAAAGAUUUCAAAUAAACCUAUACAGCAUCAACUUUUAAUGCCUAGCUGGAUUCUGAAUUCUGAGGAAAACUCUAAAAAACUUAACAAAUCUUUAAGGAAUUUUUAUUUUUCAGAUCAUAAUUUGAAAUGAUGUAUACCUUUUUGUGAUAAUUAUCAAAGCAAUUCAGAAACCAGUUUUCUACCAUUUUAGUUGAAAGACAAUAGUAGAUACAAUUGGGAUACUUGUUCUAAUUUUAGAGUAAACUUCUACUUCUGCAUCAUACCUUUUGUAGAUAAUGGAACCUAUGUAGUUCAGAAAUUCUUUGUGGUAUAUGAGAAAAGUGUUUUGUAAAUGUUGAGAAUUAUACAAAUGAUACUUGUUAUUUUCAUGUGUAUUUGUAAGAUCAUGCCCAUCCAUAGACACGUCACAUAAAGAAGACUUUCUCACCAUAACCUGUAUUUUAGUACUUUCAUCUAUUAUAAAAGUAUUAACUAUUUACUUGUAUUUUGUUAUACAUUUAUUUUUAAUGUUCAGGUGUCUGUUGUAGUAAAUUUGAAAUGAAAUCCUAUAAAACAGAAUUUGUUUAAACAUGGACCUCAUGCCAAUAUUGUUUAAUUUUUUUCUCUACAUAAUUUAAAACUACAUGAAGUAGGCCACCAAGAACUUAGCUUGAAUCCUAUGAAAUUACAGUAAUUUAAAGUUACCCAACUGAUACUUUAAUUUUCUUUAAUUAUUCAUCUUCCUUUACUGAUUUUUGAUAAAUAAUGAUGUUAGCAUUGAUAAAGUAAUAAAGAAUUUUAGGGUAUAAUUAGUAUAUCAAAAGGGAUUUAUCGACCAAAAUGGUGUCAGAUUAUAUUCAUAUUGUCAUCACAUAGUUGACAGAUUUUCUUUUGGUGGGUGAUACUCGUAUAAGCCUUUGGGUUAGUAUGUAUGUAUAUAUUCAAUACAUGUGUGUAUAUAUGUAGAUAGAUGGUAUGUUCAUCUACACACAUACAUAUAGACAUCAAGAAUUUUAUCAGUUUCUGAUCAGAAAAAGGCACAUAAAGUAAAAAUUAGUUGACCUUAUUAAAUUCAAUUCCAGAAGUAUAUUUUUUUAAUUUGGGCAUUUCUAGAAUACUUUGUUACAUAUGAAAGUACAUGAUGAAUAUUAGUAUGAUGACUCAUAUACAGUCAGAAUCUGUAUAAUGCGUACAGUUUUACAAGAUCAGAAAACAAAUUGAUGGGAGAUACAAGUUUGCUAAACCUAGCCAUUGAUAUACCUCAGUGGGGAAGGAAUUCAAAAGUAUUUUUUGUGGGUCAACAGAAAUGUUCAGUUUUUUCUCCAUGAACUUUAAUCAUUUUUCAUGUGUUCCUAUAUGUGAGUGAGCUAUAAAGUGGUCUAAUUUUUACAGCAAAAGGCCUUCUUCCUUUUCUACUCUAAUCUUCCCACUGACUUUACUGCACAGGUAUGAAAUGGUAGCCUAUUGUAUCUUCAGUAACCUUUUUUUUCCCUAGAUGACUGAAAUAUAGAUAUUUACUCCAUUUAAACCAGGUGUUAACAAGAAAAUGAUGUAAAUACUCAGGGAGGGUAUUAACUCGUCAUUUUUGCCUAAUUGGAGUAUUUAAAGUGCCAUAUCUAAGUAACUUUCAGUUUAUGAUUCUAGAGUAAAUUCAGUUUGGUAAAGGGGCUUCACACGUGGUGGUUAACAUUCAUUUUUUUAUAUUUAGAAAGAUGAAAAUGUUUUGUGGACUGAUACAUUUUUCUCUUAGUGAAUAUGAAUUGUUUAUGUAUCUCUACUGUCAUACCCUUUUUGAAAUGAAACUCAGGAAAAUACAGAGGUUCAAUUAUACUACUUUUGUCAGUGUACAAACCAGGUGUGUUUUGUUUUGUUUUUUCCUGUUGUCUGGAUAUGGCAAUAGAUUUUUUUAAAA